AGCCUCGCGCCAGCGUGCCGUAAGUGCGCAGGCGCGCCGGCCGCUCUCUUUUCUGCUCUUCCUUCUCCCAGUCUCCAGACGUCAGCGGCCGUUGGGUCCUAUGUCGCGCCGGGCCCUCCGGAGGCUGAGGGGGGAACAGCGCGGCCAGGAGCCCCUUGGGCCCGGCGCCCUGCAGUUUGUCCUCCACGAUGACGAUGAUGCGGAAGAAGAAGGUCCAAAGCGGGGUCCAGGCGGCCGACGCCCCCGGGGCGCAGGGAAGGAGGGCGUCUGUGUCAACAACCGGUUCGAGCUGAUCAACAUCGAAGACCUGGAGGAGGGACCUGUGCUCAAUGGGGAGAGACCCGAUGGUCUGCUCACGGGCGCUGUGGUGUCAGGGAACAGAAGGAGGUCGCAGAGUGGAGGUGCUGACCGCAAGAAGGCUGGAGAAGUGGCUGACAAGGCAGUGGCCCCGGAGCAGUCUAAUAUAAGUGGCAAACUCCGAAAGAAGAAAAAGAAACAGAAAAAUAAGAAAAACACUACAGGAGAAAUUCUGGAAAAUGGGCUGGAAGAUAUCGAUCGCAUCUUGGAGAGGAUUGAGGACAGCAGUGGUUUCAACCGCCCGGGGCCGCCUCCCCUCAGCUCCAAGAAGCAUGUCCUGUAUGUGGAGCACAGACACUUGAAUCCAGACACAGAGCUGAAAAGGUAUUUUGGUGCUCGAGCUGUCCUUGGGGAACAAAGGCCGAGGCAGAGGCAGCGAGUGUACCCCAAGUGUACCUGGCUCACGACCCCGAAGAGCACAUGGCCGCGGUACGCCAAACCAGGUCUGUCGAUGAGGCUGCUGGAGUCCAAGAAGGGCCUCUCCUCCUUUGCUUUUGAGCACAGUGAGGAGUACCAGCAGACCCAGCACAAGUUCCUGGCGGCGGUGGAGUCCAUGGAGCCCAAUAACAUCGUGGUUCUGCUCCAGACUAGCCCGUACCACGUGGACUCGCUGCUGCAGCUCAGUGAUGCUUGUCGCUUUCAGGAGGAUCAGGAGAUGGCCCGAGACCUCGUCGAGAGAGCGCUGUACAGCAUGGAGUGCGCCUUCCACCCCUUGUUCAGCCUCACCAGCGGGACCUGCCGGCUGGACUACCGCAGGCCCGAGAACAGGAGCUUCUACCUGGCCCUCUACAAACAGAUGAGCUUCCUGGAGAAGCGCGGCUGCCCGCGCACGGCGCUGGAGUUCUGCAAGCUUAUCCUGAGCCUGGAGCCCGACGAGGACCCCCUGUGCAUGCUGCUGCUGAUCGACCACCUGGCCCUGCGGGCGCGCAACUACGAGUACCUGAUCCGCCUCUUCCAGGAGUGGGAGGCUCAUCGGAACCUGUCUCAGCUCCCAAAUUUCGCCUUCUCUGUGCCGUUGGCCUAUUUCCUGUUGAGUCAACAAGCAGACCUCCCAGAACAGGAGCUGAGCUCUGCUAGGGAGCAGGCAUCUGUCCUGAUCCGACAGGCCCUCACCAUGUUCCCCGGAGUGCUCCUGCCUCUGCUCGAGUACUGCAGCGUGCGGCCCGAUGCCGCUGUCGCCACGCACCGCUUCUUUGGCCCGGAGGCCGAGAUCAGCCCCCCCGCCCUAAGCCAGCUGGUGAGCCUAUACCUUGGAAGGUCACACUUCCUCUGGAAGGAGCCUGCCACCGUGAGCUGGCUGGAGGAGAACGUCCGGGAGGUUCUGCAGGCGGUGGACUCUGGGGACCCUGCGGUGGGAGCGUGUGAGAGCAGGCGGAAGGUGCUCUACCAGCGGGCGCCCAGGAACAUCCACCGGCAUGUGGUCCUGUCCGAGGUCAAGGAGGCUGUUGCUGCCCUCCCCCCGGAUGUGACCACACAGUCUGUGAUGGGCUUCGACCCUCUGCCUCCUUUGGACACGAUCUACUCCUACGUCAGACCCGAGAGGCUGAGUCCCGUCAGCCAUGGAAACACAAUCGCCCUCUUCUUCCGGUCUUUGUUGCCUAAUUAUACCAUGGAGGGGGAGCGGCUGGAGGACGGAGGGGCUGGGGGUCCGAACCACAACCAAGGCUUGAACAGGCUGAUGCUGGCCGUGCGAGACAUGAUGGCCAACUUCCACUUCCACGACGUGGAGGCAGCUCGCGAGGACAACCCCGAGGGGGACGGGGAGUGGGACUGAGCCCGCAGAGAUGCCGUGCCCCAACGCUGUACAAUUAUGUUCCUGAUUGCUGUUCUGGGCGGAAUUGGCCAGUUCCCUGGAGUAGAGAUGCUGAUGUGUCGUCCGCCUGCCUCCUGUGUCGUCUAUAAAUGGGAAUGGGU